GUAAUGUGGACCUUCUCCUGCACCGGACAUCGGAGAGACACCCGACAACAUCCAAAUCGCGUAAAGGCCAGCGAGCGGCUCAGUUCACGGAUGGCUGGAAAUUUUUAAAGGAAGUAGUUUCUUGUCCUCGAAGACUGAUUUAAUUAUUGGACAGACUUUUACUUUAUUGCGCGUAGUUUUCAAAGUGAACAAGAAUGUUAUUACGUAGCACCUCCACCUCUGGGUGCUCGUGGCUGAGACGGAUGGCAGCAUUACUUCACAUGCUUGUGUUACUGCAGCUGGCGGUGUGGGCGACGACAGAGGCCAUCCACCCAGACUGCGCCCUAGUGGUUCAGCACAUGAAAGCUCAAGAGGAAUGUAACCAGAUCCUCAAACAGGAGCAGAACAACCACUCCACCAGGACAGGUUGUCCGACAGCGUGGGAUGAUAUCCGCUGCUGGUAUCGUGCUGAGGUGGGACAGGUGGUCAGCGUCUCGUGUGCCAAUGUCUCCCAGCUGUUUGCUAAUAACCAAGGUUACAUCUACAGGAACUGCACAGAAGACGGAUGGUCAGAGCUCUACCCCUCCUAUGAGGAGGCCUGCGAGUUCACAGAGUACGAAGUGACGGAACCAGAGACAACAUACUUCUCCAACUUCAAACAAGUGUACACUGCCGGCUACGCUACCUCCCUCAUCUCUCUGAUAUCGGCCAUUUUUGUCUUCACUGUGUUCAGGAAGUUUCACUGUACCAGGAACUAUAUCCACAUCAACCUCUUCUUCUCCUUCAUCCUAAGAGCAAGUGCUGUCUUCAUUAAAGAUGCUGUUCUUUUUUCUGAUGAAAACCUGGAUCACUGCUUCAUGUCCACUACAUCCUGUAAAUCAGCCGUGGCCUUCUUUCAGUUCAGUAUCCUGGCCAACUACUUCUGGCUGCUGGUGGAGGGAAUGUACCUGCAGACGCUGCUGGCUCUCACCUUUGUCUUCCAGAAGAAAUACUUCUGGUGGUACAUACUCAUCGGCUGGGGUCUCCCUACAACAAUCAUAACGGCGUGGAUCCUCACUCGAAACUUCUAUGAUAACAAGGGGUGCUGGGAUGACACAGAUGUGGCCUUCAUCUGGUGGAUCAUAAAAGCUCCUAUAACUGCGUCACUGCUGGUCAACUUCAUCAUCUUCAUCAACGUGAUUCGCAUUCUGGUGCAGAAGCUGAGAUCUCCUGGAGUCGGUGGCAACGACACCAGUCACUUCAAGAGGUUGGCCAAAUCCACUCUGCUUCUCAUCCCUCUGUUUGGGAUGCACUACAUGGUGUUUGCCUUCUUGCCAGAAAACACAGGAGCAGAGGCCCGCAUCUUCAUAGAGCUUGGCCUGGGGUCCUUUCAGGGAUCCGUUGUGGCCCUGCUCUACUGUUUCCUGAAUGGUGAGGUGCAGGCGGAACUGAAGAAGAGAUUUUGGUUUUGGCAGACUCAGAGCUAUCUGAGCUACAGUAAACGGCGGCGCACGCUGUUCACUGAAAGCAGCACGGUCACUCAGAUCUCCGUCUUGGACAAGUCCAGCCCCAAAGAUCAGCCAACCUCAGAGACACACACUGUCACACCCAGCAACAUCUCCACUGUCUAAGAACAUUGGCUGGUGUUACAGCACCUGCUCGCCAUCUGGAUGACGUUCUGAACAAGUGACUCAACCACAGAAUUGUUGAAUGUUUAAGGUACCUCUUAACUUUGUAAGGUAUGAAAUAUUUGCAAAAUGUCACAUGGGCUGCCAAACUAAAUCCAAACCUUAACCACCCAAACCCCAAAAUCUUGAACUCUUUUUAUUUACAAUGUCCCACACAACUUUCCCCCACGAUAUCUAUUAUUUUUUCAACUUCCAGACCUCUUUAAAUUUAGCUUUGGGGCCCCACACUACUACCAGAUCAUUUCUUUCUUUUACAAAAGCACCAAUAUCUGGUACACAAUGAAUGUGGUUUAAAACAUUGUCCUUUGAUUUAUUUUAGACAUAUCAAAUUCAAAAAGCAACCACAUUAUACUUUAAGCAACAAUUAUAUUAACUUUAUUCUGUCACAGCUUUUCUGAGUCCUUCUGGUUUAAGUCCCAACUGCCCAGCUUUUAUGCCUUGGCACCUGCAAGAGCUGUGGCCCAAAACAUUAUGUUUUUGGUUUG